AUGACCACUCCCUCCUCCAACACCCCCGCGCACACCACACACCCCAUCAGCACCACCACCCAGCCCGCCCAUCCGCUCCAGAGCGAGGCCACCGCCGCCCACCCGCCCUCGCACAAACCAGACCCAACCCUCACCAGCAACGAUGCCGCCGCCCAAGGAGGACUCUCCACCCCCCAUCCCUCCGCCGCCGCCGAACUCUCCAGUCUUACGUUAACCCUCAAGUCGUCGCUGCGCCAAUUCCCCGACUUCCCCAGUCCCGGCAUCCUCUUCGAAGACAUUUUGCCCAUCUUCGCGAACCCCGCGCUGCACGAGGGCCUCUUGCGCGCCCUCGAGCUCGCCGUGCACAAGCAAUUCGCCGGCGCAAAGCCAGACGUUGUCGUCGGACUGGAUGCGCGGGGGUUCCUGUUCGGGCCGUCGCUGGCGUUGAGGCUGGGUGCGGGCUUCGUGCCUGUGCGCAAGAGGGGCAAGCUCCCCGGUCCGUGUGAGACGGCCGAGUUUGUGAAGGAGUACGGAAGUGAUUUCUUCCAGAUGCAAGAGGGUGCUGUCAAGAGCGGGCAGAAGGUGUUGAUUGUGGACGACAUCAUUGCUACAGGUGGCUCAGCAGCUGCCGCUGGCUCGCUCGUCAAGAAACUCGGCGGCAUGACCGUGGGCUACAUCUUCAUCCUCGAACUCGACUUCCUCAAGGGUCGCGACAAGCUCGAUGCGCCCGUCUACACAUUACUCACCGGCCAGGAGGAGAAACUGCAGCAGUGA